AUGGAUGCAAUUAGUCGGAAACAUGUACCUUUAAUUUGUAUAAUCUUAUUCUUUGGUUUUUCUCUGCUAACAGCUGAAAAAGAAAUACCAGUGACAAAAUUCGGACAGAAUGUUGGCGGACCAACAAUGACAUUUUUAUAUUGUUAUUCUUGCGGUUAUCGAAAGGCCUUUGAUGACUAUGUGAACAUAUUAUCAGAGAAAUAUCCGCAAAUCAAAGUGACUGGUGGUAAUUAUAAUCCACCUGGGAUGAAUAUGUAUUUCUCGAAAAUGAUAUUUGCGAUUAAAAUUUUACUGAUAGUUGUCAUUGUGUCGUCAUAUGACAUUUUUGGAGCUUUAGGACAACAAACGCCUAGCUGGUGGCGUCAUUUAGUAGAUAACAAACUAUAUGCCUGCAUGAUGAUAUUCUUUGUGGGUAAUAUGCUUGAGGGUCAGUUGGUUUCCUCUGGUGCUUUUGAAAUUACACUUAACGAUGUGCCGGUAUGGUCGAAGUUGCAAACCGGGCGUAUACCGGUGCCACAGGAACUAUUUCAGAUUAUUGAUAAUCAAUUGCAAUUUGGCGAUAAAAUUCAAGAGAAUCCAGACUUUGUUAAAUAAUAGAGCUUAAAUCAAUUUUCCUUUCUAUUCCCUUUAAUUUACUACGUCGUUUGGUAAUAGUUUUAGUAUAAUUUUUCAACUUUGUUUCUUUUUACGGGUUUAUAAAAUCAAGUAAAUAUAUGAAAGCACUAAGCUCUUGUUAAUUUUAUCAGAAAUUGAUUAUCGGUAUAUAUUUUGUUAAAUACAUAGUAAUGAGAGAGAGAAACAAUUAAUAAUAAAUUGCAGAAAACCGUUUCAAAAAAAAAAAAG